AUGCUCCGCAAGCAGUUGCUUCGCCAGGUGCGCACCGUCUCAGAGUCGCUGUCUGCGUCGCCGCAGAUACGGCGGUCGCCAUUUUCUUCCGCCACCUUCAUUGCUCCCCGUGUAUCUAGACCCGCCUACCUCUCAUCGCGGAUAGGGCAAAGAUGGCAGUCCACAGAGGCACAGCAGCAGAAACCUGCCACAGAGGCUGCGCCUUCAUCCGAAGAGACCAAAGCAGCGGAGGAGGCAAAGCAAGAUCCUCUCAAGGAAGAGCUUGAGAAGACCAAGAGGGAGGUUAUAGACCUCAAGGACAAAUACCUGCGUUCCGUGGCCGACUACCGCAACCUGCAAGAGCGGACCCGGCGAGACAUGGAAUCCGCGCGCCAGUUUGCCAUUCAACGGUUCGCCGCCGACUUGCUCGACUCGAUAGAUAACCUCGACCGUGCGCUCUCUUCAGUGCCUGAAGCGGCGCUUGGGACCACCUCGGCAACAACAACCACCACCUCCAACACCUCAUCCUCGGACCCCAACGUCGCGGCCUCCGCCGAGUCCACCUCAGAACCAAACAAAGAUCUGGUCAACCUGGUCUCGGGCCUGAAAAUGACCGAGGAGAUCCUCAUGUCCACACUGAAGAAGCACGGCCUGGAACGCUUCGACCCCAUGGAGGGUGGAGGGCGCAAGUUCGACCCCAACACCGACGAGGCCACUUUCUUCACCAAGGUCGAGGGGAAAGAGGAUGGAGAUGUCUUUUACACACAAAGUAAAGGGUACAGACUGAACGGGCGUGUCGUGAGGGCCGCCAAGGUCGGAGUCGUGAAGAACUCUUAG